AUUAGAUACACUAUUUACAAAUAAUAUAUUUUAUGGUUAAGUAAACAAAUUCAAAGUGCUUUAGAGCAAAUUCGAUGUCCAAUCGAUUGCAUAUUCCAAGUCAGCUGCUGAGCUAUUCGAUAGUGCAGCCCUUGUUCGCGUGCCAUCGCUGAAUCCACCAAAAGAAAGAAGAAGAAGCAAAAGCUGACGUACUCGGGGAAAAGAUUAGAAAAUAACAAAAAGAAAACGAAAUUAUUUAACAUUAACAUUGGGCACAACGUAAUAGUAACGUAAUAAUGUAACAUUGUGUAUCCAUCUGCAACGCGCGUUAGUCUUUAAUUUCGUCUUAAGCCUCGAUUGAAAUCCCGAAAGUAUGUUGGAAAAUUGUUGCUCGUCGUCGUCGUCGUGUGCAAAAGAAACACAAAACUUAUAGAUUUCGAAGCGUACGUGCAAAAAAAGGAAGACAAGUGGGAGGAAGGCUAAAGUGAUUUGUUGAUAAAUUCACAUGUGUAUGCAGAUAUAAAUCUGAAGUGCAAUCAUCUCAGACACGUUAACAGCUGCUGGCCCAAAAUAAAAGGAAUACGCGAUAAAUACAAAAAACGGCUGCAAAAGUAGGUACCAAUACGAUGAUGAUGAUGUUGUGUUGGUAGUGUUGGUGUACACGCAUUAAUGUUAAUGCCUCUUUAUCUCGCUCUCUCUUUCACUCUCACAUUUAUUCGUCAGCCUGCCCAGCGCCUCUUCUUCUGCCUUCAACAAUAGUCAACACACAGCAAACAUAGCGAACGAACAGCAACAGCUGUGUGUGUGUUGUGCGUGCGUGUGUGUGUGCUGUUAGCUGCGCAAGUGUGUGUGUGUUGUGUAGUUGUUGUUUUGGGUGUUUGUCGGACGUAACAAAAUAUUGAGCCGUCGAGCAAAACACAUGAUGUGGUCGUUCUUCUCGCGCGACUCCUCCAAAGAUUUCCCAUAUGACAUUGGCGAACCCGUCGCUGGCUUUGACAACUAUUCCAUAUGGACACUGCACAAGGCCAAACGCAAGGCAACCCAAGAGGAGGUCUCUGUCUUUGUCUACGACAUUCGCAGCGGUUCCGAUACGAAAUGUGAGCUGGCCAAGGCGGCAUUGAAACGCCUAAAGACGUUGCGUCACCCAAGUAUAUUGCAAUAUUUGGAUUCGCUGGAAACCGAUAAGAUGUUAUAUGUGGCCACUGAGGCUGUGGAACCCCUGGGUACAUUUUUCACCAAACUGGCCACAGACAAUGUACAAAAAGGUCUCUAUUUGGCCUGGGGCAUCUUCCAAAUCACACGUGCUCUUUCCUUUCUCAAUAACGAUGGCAAUUUGCGGCACAACAACGUCUCCGCCUGGUCGGUGUUUGUAAAUGCCUCCGGCGAAUGGAAGUUGGGCAGCUUGGAGUAUGUUGCAGCUGCUGAUGGCAAUCCUAUGCCGCCUGUCAAAAUACCCGUGACUCUGGAAGUUUACGAUGCUCCAGAGAAGAACGAUCAGAGCAAGCUAAAGGCAGCCACUAAAUGCUCUGUGGAUAUGUGGGGCUUGGGCUGCCUUGUUUGGGAGGCCUUCAACGGCGUGCUGCGACAACGUUCCAAUCUUAAGGAUAUUGAACACAUACCCAAGUCACUGCAGUCGCUUUAUUGCGAACUUGUUGGCGCCUCGCCUUCAAAUCGACCAAAUCCAGCAGAUAUUAUUACACGAUGUCGCAAGCCAGGUGGUUUCUUCAAGAACGAUUUGGUGGACACGUUGCUAUUCCUCGAGGAGAUCCAAAUCAAAGACAAGGCGGAGAAGAAUCGCUUCUUUAGCGGUCUGACCACACACUUGGAGAACUUUCCCGAUAAUGUUUGCAAACACAAAAUACUUCCACAACUGAUAACCGCCUACGAAUAUGGCGACGCUGGUUCUGCGGUGUUGGCGCCCAUGUUUAAGCUUGGCAAGCUGCUGGACGAAGUGGAGUAUCAGAAACGCAUUGUACCCUGCGUUGUCAAGUUGUUUGCCUCAACGGAUCGUGUGACGCGUUCACGGCUGCUGCAGCAGCUGGAGCUGUUCAUUGCGCAUCUGCAGCCACCAGUGGUCAAUGAACAGAUCUUUCCUCAAGUGGCGCACGGCUUCCUCGACACAAAUGCCACCAUACGCGAGCAGACGGUCAAGUCCAUCAUACACUUGGCACCCAAACUCAACUACAACAAUUUGAAUGUGGAAGUUUUGCGGCAUUUUGCGCGUCUGCAAGCGCGCGAUGAUCAGGGCGGCAUACGCACCAAUACAACAGUGUGUCUGGGCAAGAUUGCACCGCAUCUGCAUCCACAGGUGCGUCAACGUGUGCUCGUUUCGGCAUUUAUACGUGCCAUGCGUGAUCCGUUUCCGCCAGCGCGAGUCGCUGGCGUUUUGGCGCUGGCAGCCACACAGCAAUAUUUUCUACUCAAUGAGGUGGCCAAUCGUGUCUUACCAUCAUUGUGUUCGCUAACGGUCGAUCCAGAGAAAACAGUGCGCGAACCAGCCUUCAAAACAAUACGCGGUUUUCUGGGCAAGCUCGAGAAGGUUUCCGAGGAUCCAAGUUUGCGCGAGACAAUGGAAGCGGACGUUCAUACCGCAACGCCUUCAAUUGGAAAUGCGGCUGCCACCUGGGCGGGUUGGGCUGUGACCGCUGUAACUGCCAAGUUCUAUCGCAGCCAAAGCGAUUCAUCUCGACCAAGGCCGCCAUUAACAGGCCGCAAUCUCUCCAAGCCAGCAUCACUUGAGCAACCAUCGAGCAGCAGCCUAUCGACCACAACAAGUAGCGUCACCUCGAUGACAUCGUUGGAGCACGAAAGCAACGAUACGUCUGCCUCGGCCUCUGAUUAUGGCAACAACGAUUGGGAUAAUGAGAACUGGGGAGAAAUGGAUACUUCGCAGGAUCCAAGCAGUCCUCUGGCAGCUACUUCCAACAAUGGCCAACUGGUUACAGCGAAUGCGCUCAACGAAGUGCGCGAUGGCUGGGACAACGAGGAGUGGGGCAGCCUAGAAGAGGAUCCUUGCGAGGAGGAGGAACAAGCGGAGCAGGAGCAGCAGCAGCAACAGAUGGCCAGACAAUCGAUAUCCUCAACCACAUCAUCCAGUCAGCAGCAACAGCGACCAUUGCUGCCGCAUCAGCAUCAACAGCAAUUGCAGCAGCAUGAGCUCAACGAUCUGAUUGAACCACUUGCCAAGCUUAACUCACACAUCACAACAUCGCCAUCGAGACAGCAGCAAGCGACGCUGAGGCCCAAAGAGUUGGCCAAUCUGUCGAGCAGUGCCACAACAUCGCCAACAACGCCGGGUGCAUUGACCAAUUGCAAUAACAUAAGUCCGCCUUCAGCGCAUUUAAACAAUUCGAUGCAUAAUGCCAAUUGGAACAGCGAUUCGUGGGCCGAUGGCGAGUUUGAGCCUUUUGACGAUCCGGGAUCAGGCAACAGCAAACUGGACGAAGCGCGUCGCAAGCGUGAGGAGAAGAAGUUGCAACGUCAGCGGGAAUUGGAGGCGCGUCGAGCGCAACGCGCCACUGGCCCAUUAAAAUUGGGCGCUAAAAAGCUUUAAAAGGAUUUACAGACAAAACAAAAAAACACCCAGCAAAAGUGCUUGCAAAUUUCUACCAUUGUAUAUUUAUUAGCUCUUAUUCCAAAAACUGUAAGCCUAAAGUGUAUGCGUGUCAUCUGUGUAUAUCUGUCUGUCUGUUUUGCGAUUGAGCGUAUGUGCGUGUGUGCCUGUGUGUGUGAGUGUGUUUUUUGCAUUGAAUGCAGUCUCGAUGUUUAAGUAAGCCUCCAUUUCGAUUUUUUGCCCAUAGGCGCAAUAAAACUAAACAAAAAAUUGCAUACUUAAAGCAUAAGUAUAACGCUGGAACGAUAUUAUUUAAGCAUUUGGAAUCCUCGUAAGACAUUCUCUCUUUAAACUAACUAAACGAAUCUUAGUUAACAGUGUAAAACCAACAACUAGCUAGUAAAUAAUUUUGAAAUUUAUAGCAAUCCUCGAAAGAUGAUGAAAGAAGAUGAAGAUGACUCAUCAUCCUACGAUAUCUUUUUUGAUAACAUUCAUGUGUGCUAAUAUCAAAUUGCAUUGUCUCUCGUUGUGUGUCUGUGUCUUUGUAUGACCGUAUGCGUGCGUGUGUAUUUAACAAUUUAAUCAAAUUCAAUUCAGUCUGCCUGCUGUGUUUUGUAUGGAGAAAAGUCCCUAAGAUAUUUGCUCAGCCAUUUUCCGAUUUAAAAACGAAUUAGUAUUCCAGAUUUGACUUUCUAGGAGCGCGCGCUGUACAACAAAAAUUUGUAAAACGCGUAUAGCAAAACUAAAGUAAACCAAAUGUGAAUUUUAAUAAAUAUAUAUAUAUAUAUACAUAUAUUGUAUUUUUAUAUAGUACCUAAACACAAAUAAACGAGACGAAGAAAAACAAAAACAACAUUGAAAACAAAAUGAUAAAAUGCUAAAAUAAAACAAAAAAAGAAAGAAAUGGAUAUGAGAAACAACCGCAAGCAAUUAUCAAACGAAAUAAUUUGUAAGCUUUUUCAUAUUACAAACAAUUUGUACGUAGUAAAAAUUGCACCUGUUAUUUCCUAUGUUGCUAUAUAGGAACAAAUGAUACGAAAACCGAAAGCACACACAGUGAAUCAAUUUGGUCAAGUAAAUACAAUUUUUAAAUGUGAAUUUUCCCACUAACAGCACCAAGCGCAAACCAUUUUUUGCAUCUCAAAGUUACAUAAACAAUAACAAAUACCUUACCUUACCUUACCUAAUAUAAUAUAUAUAUAUAGCCUGUAUAUACUUAUACAUACAUACAUGAGUACAUCCAUGCAUACAUAUAUAUAUAUAUAUAUAUGUAUAUAUAUAUACAUAACAUAUACGCCGAUUUUUUCCAAUACCUCAAUAUCUGUGUACAAUUUUUCCAUAUAUAUUUUUUAAUACCCAAAAACCAAAAAAAAAUGAAAACCGAUAUCCGAUAAAAGUAAAAGAUCAAAACCAAAAAAAUACGAAAAACGGAGUAAUGUUGAAUUUUGAAAUCUGAUUGUUGUCGCCGCGUCAGUUGUUUAUGAAAUUGGUACAUAUUGCAAUUUAUCUAGCAAAAAAGAAAAGUAACAAACAAAAAAAAGAUAAAAACGAAAAACCGAAUACCAAAAUAACAACAACAACGUAAUGCUAACUAGUCCUAGAGAAAUGAGAAACGUAUUUGUGGCAUUCAUUUUAAAUAACAUUUCUAGAAAAUACAAUUUUCAGAGCAACAUUAAAUUAGUGAAUGAAAUUUAUUACAACUAAAACAUGACAAAUUCAUUGUUUAGACAAAUUUUAAAGACUGCAAAGAAUUCAUUGAAAAGUGGUAAUGAUAGAAAACAAAAACAAAAAAACCAAACAACAAAAGAUGAAAAACAAACGUAAAAUGAUGAAGAAAACAAAACGAAACAAAAUUAACAAAUUAUUUAGUACUAAUCAUCAGUAAAAAUACAUUUUGAAAAAUUU